AUGGCGCCUUCGACAGGUCUGGUGGUUGUGCUUGUCCUGCAAUGCUACCUCCUCAGCGCGGAAAACCUCGACGUCCCAAAGUGUGCGACGAAUACGUGCACCGACCCCUAUGCCGAGUGCUUCAACAUCUCGUCGACGCGUUGUUGCGUCUGUCCGCCGGGUUUCAGUGGUGGAGGAGCCGAAAAGUGCACAAAUGAACGGUCUCCAGAACGAUUCAUUCGGCUAAGAGGUACCAUAUCAAUUAAACACUUUAACGACACUUAUGAGUAUAGUUUCCCGAUCUCCCACGAGACCCUAACCAUUCGAGGCCCUCCCCUUGGUCAGACAGCCAUUCACGACGUCCCCUCCACGGGCACCCUUCACAACACCCUCAGCCUUCUCACUCCAUUUUUCCACUACAUAAACAUCCUCACCAGCUUGCCUACCGAGAACUCCCGAAUUUACAACAUUUUCUCAUUAACUGGGGGGUUCUCUAAUCGCCUUCGACUCCAAUUCAACUCGAGUUUCGAAGGUCAUGGGGUUCUUCUCGUGGAAGCCCUUAUUCAACAGACUAUCUCCGACUCGGACUACUUCGAAGGGGAGAUCAACGUGGAAGUAAAGAGUCAGAGCUCAUUCCGUGCUCCGGAGGAGGUUUUUGUUGAGAAGCACACUUCCAACAGCGCCAUAUACUAUGAGAAGAUUGGCCGGGGAGUCGUACGGUUUGAGAGACAGCGGUUUGAAUUCAUGCCAAAACGGCGGGAGCUAAACAAGACGCUGCAUGUGACCAUUUUGGGUGCCGGGUACAUCACAGUGGACGAGGCCGCAUGCCUACUGGAGAACGACUCUCUGGUGCAGCAGGGAAAAGACGGCUUUGUUGCGCGUUUGGCGCCGAAGGGCUACUGCAACACGGCCUGCCCCCACAGCAGCAAAUUGUGCACAAUCUUCUGCCUCGAUUAUCCAACCCUCGAGUCUAAAUAUAGUCCCUAUUGGUUGACAGCGGUUAGAGGCAACUCCAACCGAAUGCAGACAUAUCCUAGUCUCUGCCCGGGCGUUUACUCAUUUGCUUAUCUCACACGACUCGUUGAGUAUUCCCUUGGGGAUGGUGACCCUGGUUUUCCUCAUCACGGGCUUAUUUUCAUCACGUAUGUGGACUAUUGUAGUGUUGUGCUUCCGUCCGCUUUGUUUGGUUGCAAGCGCUCCGACACUAACACCCCUGUUUCACCUUACUUAGUCUUCACCGAACCUGAGGGUAUUCGCAGGCCUCGCGUGAUCGAAGACUUGGAUGAGGACGCUGCACUUUGA